AUGGGAAACUCAAAGAUGGCAAGCUUGAAGGUUCUGGGCGUUGCACUUGUCCUUGGGUUCGCUGGCGUCAAUGCAGUUCCAUGUAAACCUGCGUCUCUUUCCAUCGUCGGAUCGAGCUCAAUGGGACAGACAACAACAGUGACCGAGCCAUCCUCCACUGCCAAUCCAGAAAUCGAGUCGACAUCGGCUGUUAUUCAAGGCGCUUCGUCCACAGUCGUUUCUGGUUAUGAAGCGUCAAUCACUCUCGAAGUAUCGACCGCGACCUCGGAGACAACCUUUUCUCUGACAUACGCAGGAACUGCCACUACCACUGUGGAGGAUGCAGUCGUUACGGUAGAAACAUCUGCCACUACUGUGGCUGAUGAUACAACUACCACAACGACAACAGAAUCCGUGCCUACUGCAAUAAACUAUCUCCUUAACGCUGGUUUUGAAGAACCUAAUGACGACAGUAUUUUUAACGGGUUCCCAUGGACCAGAAGAACCACUCCUCGAGGGGGCAUUAUCCAAGUCUUCGAGUCAAAUGCUGAUUACCCUGCUAGAUCAGGUGCACGAUCCAUGCACAUGACCAUGCUACAGACCAACCCCAUCUCUUUCCAGCAAGAUGUCCCUGGAUUAAAUCCCGGAAGUCAAUACGUCCUCUCUGCUUGGUUUGCAUCAACCUUUGGAAAGACCCUCUAUUGUACGAGUCAGCUAAACUUCGGUGGUGAAGUUGUCGCUACACACCAGUAUUCCGUAUCUGAGCCUUUGAUCUAUGAGAAGGCACAAGUAACUGUGACUGCCUCUGCUAAGACCGAUGUAGUUGGAAUCUUUAUGAUCUGCGAGAAUCAAGGGCUUGGUAUUGGGGUUUUAGUUGACGAUCUUAGCCUUGUCGAAACGGUCUAG